AGAGGGAGGGAGGGUGAGGGGGAAGGAGGGAUGGUAAGAGCAGACGGAGCUCAAAUUCAGUCCUGUCAGUGAGUAGAGGCACUCAGAAAUAGCAGAGAAGAGAGGGAGCACGGAAACACAUGGUGAACUAAUGGAUUACUCUCACAGACUCUUGUGAACUACACAGCAACGACAUACCAUCAACCACACAACCUGGCAAAUACAGUACAGACAUACAAUAUUCACACUGAUUUCACUUCAGCCUCAUACACUCAACAAGCUCUCUACAAAUUUAGAUCACACAGACAGUUCUAACACAGGUCUCUUAAUCUACAUUAGAGUAAAUAGACAAACGGAUUCUCUGAUUCUGACACAAACACAGACACAAUGGAAAUGCAUGGGCUUCAGUGUUGAACUGGAGGACCAAAGAUGUGAAUUUCAGUGAGGAUUCUGACACCUUUGUGAAACAUCACUGAAGAGCACCACAAGCAAAACAGGACACGCAUGAAGAGGUUGACCAUGCACUGACAAAAAGGCAUGGAAACCAUCUCCGGGGAAAUGGGUUGGAAUAGAUUAGGCCACUCCUCUCUGGCAUCCGUGACAACAGGAAGAACCAACCUCACUUCCUCACUCUUCUCCGACUUCACAUCCCUCAACAGUUCACACGAAGGGGCAGGGUCCUAUUACUGGAUUAUCCCCGAGAACGCCUCAGCCACCACGCCCCAUGCCUUACCCCAGCCCAGGGUCAGGGAUCUGGGUCUGGCCCGGGCGGAGAUAGGGGUCCUGGGCUUGGUGCUGGCCCUCACUACCCUAGGGAAUGGCUUCGUACUGUGGGUGCUGCUCCGCAGGAGGAAACACAAUGCUCCGAUGCAUCUGUUCAUGGUCAACCUGUGUCUGGCUGACCUGGUGGUGGCGCUGUUCCAGGUUUUUCCCCAGCUGGUGUGGAACAUCACAGAAAGGUUCCAGGGGCCGGAUUUUCUGUGUCGCUCAGUAAAGUACCUGCAGAUCGUAGGGAUGUUCGCAUCCUCCUAUAUGAUUGUUGCCAUGACAGUGGACCGGCACUAUGCCAUCUGCUGCCCACUGCAGGCUUAUCGUGGUGGGUCCGUGUCCCGCUGGAACACCCCUAUUAUGAUGGCCUGGGGCCUGGCCUUACUUCUCUCUAUACCACAGUUGUUCAUCUUCUCGCGGUCGGAGGUGUCUCCGGGAGAGUUUGAGUGCUGGGCUCACUUCGCUGAGCCGUGGGGACUCAAGGCCUACAUCACCUGGAUGACCCUAGCAGUGUUCUUACUGCCAGCACUAAUCAUCACUGUCUGCCAGAUCCGGAUCUUCAGAGAGAUUCACAACAACAUCUAUCUGAAGUCAGAGAGGAUGGUGUCAGCAGAGCUCAAGAAGAACAACGCUGUCAUCUUCCACUUCCACAGAGUCAAAAAGGACGACAACAGAGCGACCAGGGAGCGGGGGAGAGGGGGAUGCAGAGGGGGGAGAGGAGCAGGAGUAGGAGGGGAGCAGCUUCUAAAGACUAUGAACAACAACCCCUCCAGCACUCUCUGCAACCCUCUCUUACCACUCUCCCCCCAGUCUACUACAGCUGUUGUACCCUCAGAGUGCUAUCCCUACCUGUCCCCCUCUCCACAGUACAGCAGCUGUCACAACAACCACACAGCAGCAACACAGCAAAGCCCCUUCAACACCCCAGAUAACCUAACCCUCCCCUCCAACCCCGGCCUCAGUGACCAAAGGGGCUCCUGUACAGCUGUAGUUCCCCCAUCAUGUGACCCGUGCCCACAUGGAUCCCAUGGCCCAGUCACCUCAGGUGGUUGUGGUGGUGGUUCAGUGCCUCCUAACAAUGGCGGAUGCCACUGUCAAGAGUCCUACACAUCCUUCGAGCUCCCAUCCUCCCCCCGGUGUGUCCCCUCUCCACGCCCAUCGCUGGAGUACCCUCCCCCACCCCCCCGGGCCCUGACGCCCCCCUCCAUCUCCAAGGCCAUGUCUAAGACGGUGAGGAUGACUCUGGUGAUAGUGUUGGUCUACACAGUCUGCUGGUCCCCCUUCUUCAUCGUUCAGCUGUGGGCUGCCUGGGACCCCAACCCUCCAGACCAAGGCGUAGCGUUCACCAUCCUGAUGCUGCUGGCCAGUCUGAACUCGUGUACCAACCCCUGGAUCUACACCUUCUUCAGCAGCUCUGUGUCCAGGGAGCUACAGGCCCUGUUACGCUGCAGACCAAGAACCCCGCGCAGGGGCUCCAUACCUGACGACUCCACCACCACACACACCUCCACCACCAAAGACAGCCUCUACUGACACAUUCAGACACUCACACAGCACACACACUCCACCAAGGACAACUUGUACUGUCUCACACACACACACCACCACCUCCACUGCUGCCAGCACCUAAGACUAGAGGACAGCCCGCACUGACCUUCAGGCAGCAAACACAUUUCCCCCAACACGGAAACAUGGACAGCUGUGUUAUGGCCAAAAAGGAAGGACCCCUAUGAAACAUCCCCUGUCUGUCUGUCUGUCCCCUCUGUCUUCUCUCCCUCACACCGAGGAGGUUGCUAUUGAACGAGAGGAGAAACGUGAGUCAGCUGAGGAGGACAAAUGUGAGUGAAGACAUCGACACUACGUAAUGGAAUAUAGACCUUUACAGCACCUGUAUAGGUACUGUACCUAUAAAUAUACAUAUAUCAACAGCAGGAUAAGAUGUUCACUUGGUACUGUAGAAACGGAACGAAAACAGAGAAAGAUAUUCAAAUGCUCCUUUGAAUAAGCUGACCAUGGAGUAUAAACAUCCUGUAUUAUACGUUGUCUCUACAUGUCUGUCUCUAUAUAAAGAGAACAGUGCAGUUGUCGGACGGUGAUUCCCUUCGAGGCUACAAAUUACUUCACCUCUCGCAAGACGAUAUGGGCAGUACAUUAAAUGUUUGUUGACUGGACUACAUGCCUAAUGUACAAAGCAGUGCAUAAGCUCACAGUACACUAUGGCUCAAACUACAGAACAAAGCAGCCAGACAGCAGACUGAGUGAGAAAGAGAGAGAGAGAGAGAGAGAGAGAGAGAGAGAGAGAGAGAGAGAGAAGAAAGAUGGGGAGAGGGAGAGAGAGAGAAAAAAAGGUGGAGAGGGAGAGAGAGAGAAAGAGGUGGAGAGAGAGAGAGAGAGAGAGAUUGAAUUGAAUUGGGAGAGAGAGAGAAAGAGGGGAAGAGGGAGGGAGAGAGAGAGAGAGAGAGAAAUAGGGGGAGAGUGAGAGAGAGUACAGGCUCAGUGAGCACAGCCUUGCCAUUGAGAAGGGUAGACACAGGAAAACCGGACUCCCUUAGAGGAAAGGCUGUGCAACCACUGCACAACAGCAGAACCUGAGACGGAGCUGCAUUUCCUGACAAAAUGUAAAAAAUAUAAAACAAUUCGAGAGUGUCAUUUCCCCAAAUUUGAAACCCUUAUUCAAGGUUUCAAAGACCUCUCUGAUGAGAGUAGGCUACCCGUCCUGUUGGGGGAGGCUGCAGAGAGCUGUGUGUUGGCAGUGCACUACAUUUCUGCCUGCCAUACAUUGAGGGACAGUGUCUGACAGACCAAUCAACCUGCACAUGUCCUCUACUGUAUGCUUAUUGUUAUUGUUCAAUGUAUGGUUAUUUUGACACUUUGAUGUUGUUGUUUUCCGUUGAUCACUUUGAUUAUUAUUAUUUUCAUAUUGUAAAUAUCCAAAGUAAGCUUAACGUCAUGACAAUAAAGCAAAUUGAAUUGGAAAAAAAAAAUAAUUGGGAGAGAGAGGAGGGGAGAGAGGGAGAUAGGGAGAGAGAGAAAAAGGGGGAGAGGGAGAGUGAGAAAGAGAGAGAGAGAAAAAGAGAGAGAGAGAGAGAGAGAGAGAGAGAGAGAGAGAGAGAGAAAGAGAGCGAGAGAAGCUGAUACUGGUGCAAUUCAUUGUUAAUCUUAGACAUACACGUUGUACUGGCUGUAUGGUUCUGAUUACAUAUGCAUGAUUUUAUAAUCUCCUACAUUGACUGCAUGAGUGUGUGGAUUGAAUAUGCAGAUGGAGAAACAAUCUGGGCCCCAAAUGGCAUCCCAUUACCUACAAAUUGCGCUUCUUUUGGGGCCUGGUCAAAUGUAGUGGACUAUAUAGGAAAUAGGGUGCCAUUUUGGAUGCAGCUACAGAUGCUGUGGGGCUGUGGGAGGGUGAAUGGGACUAAUUCCACAGAGCCAAGUCUUUGGAUCUCUGUACUACCUAUCACUUGUAUUGAUUAACUAGCUGAGUGUACAUGUGUGUGCGUGUGUGUGUAUGUGUGUGUGUCUGCACGUGUGCAUGUUUGUGUGUGUGUGUGUGUGUGUGUGUGUGUGUGUGUGUGUGUGUGUGUGUGUGUGUGUGUGUGUGUGUGUGUGUGUGUGUGUGUGUGUGUGUGUGUGUGUGUGUGUGUGUGUGUGUGUGUGUGUGUGUGUGUGUGUGUGUGUCCUUGUCUCUCUUCUGUCUCUUCUUGUAGGGAGGUUCCUAUGCUGAUUAUUGGCUGCAACCCAACUCCAAUCAGAGGCCUGAAGAGAGGAGAGGAAAGAUGAUAUGAAGGUAGAGGAACAGUGGAUGACUUUUACUCUUUUAUUUAGAUCUAGAGUAACUGUCUGAAUCCCAGUAGAGGGAGAGGGAUGGUGGGAGGGAGGGAGAGAGAGAGAGUGAGCAUUUCCCAUGCCAAUAAAGCCCUUAAAUUGAAUUGAAUUGAGAGACAGAGAGGGAGGGAGAGCGAGUAAGAGUGAGAGUGAAAUAAAUAACUGGAGAGGACCAUUUUUGGAAGCAGAAUAAACAGAGGAUGAGAGCGUGGGAGCAAGCUUGGGAGCAAUCCUUGGAGGAGGGGCGGUUGAAGUAGUGGAAGCUAAUAUUAUGGAUGAACUACAGGAAAACAAAUCAAAAUGUUUUCUAAAUGCAUGCCUGAGGUGGAAUUCAUCUUCACUCAGAAGAGCGGGAGAGGAAUAUCUGGUUUCAAAGAAAGAAAGAAAGAACGAAAGAACGAAAGAAAGAAAGAAAGAAAGAAAGAAAGAAAGAAAGAAAGAAAGAAAGAAAGAAAGAACAAUGGUGACUUGUGAAAAGAGAAAGAGUCAAACAAGUAAGAAGAGUCCUGGGGAGAAAUCAGAAUAAAUACUCUGGAUAAACAAUACUAGACACAUUGGAGCAUGUUAAACAUAGCGAGAAGAGAGAGCAAGAGAGAGAGAGAGAGAGAGAGAGAGAGAGGAGUGAAUGAAUCUAGCAGACCAAGGCUUCGACAACAAGCUAGGACGCAAUUAUGUGAUUAUGUUUCACAUCUGGAGAGAAAUCUGAAUUUUUUUAUCUGGAUUAACAAUACUAGGCACAUGGGAGAAUGUUCAACAUAACGAGAAGAGAUAGAGAGAGAGACUUCUUAGAAGUACAACACAGCCGCCACCGUCAUGUAUGGAUGUCAUGCUAUGAGGAUAGCUCAUAAACACAUGGAGACGUGACACUUCACAGACUGCCCAGGAGAGGAUCACAUUGCUACUAUGCAGAGACGACCACAUCUGAAUAUUUUAUGGUGUCAAGUCCAUGCACAAGUAAUAACACAUUAUAGAAAAACCACGAGGAAUUUCAUCUAGACUGUACAAUGAAGGAAAUUACCAUUCCAUGUAAAUCAAUGAUUUAAAAUAUAUUUAUUGAAAGUGUUGCAGAGGCACAGUACAGUACGACCAUUAUUAUUUACAGAUUGUGUAAGAGAUUAUGAUGAAUAUAUACUAUGUCCGAUAUACAGGUAACUGACAAAAUAAAGGAAACACCAACAUAAAGUGUCUUAAUAGGGUGUUGGGGCACCACUAGCCGCCGGAAAACAGCUUCAAUCCGCCUUUGCAUAGGUUCUACAAGUGUUUGACACCUUUCCUUCCAUCAUUUGGUGUGUUGUUGGCUGUGGUGGAGAUCUGGUGAUCUGAGACACACACACACACACACACACACACACACACACACACACACACACACACACACACACACACACACACACACACACA